AUGGCGGCUGAGCAGCGGCAGCAAAGAGACCCUCAAGAUCCUGCACCAGCGUAUUCUUCUGCACCGGGCACAGCAGAAUCAACAUCGUCUUCUUCCAGAAAUAACAAGCAAAAGAGUAUAGCACAAUACGAAGGCGGUGCUGGGAAGAUGAUAUCCAGACCAACCCCGAUGCCGCAGUACCCGGCCCCCGAGACCCCGUCUCCGACUUGGAUCGCCGGCUCGCCUAGCUCGUACCGACCUCCUGCCAAUAGACCUUCACAGGCACCUCAACGACCUCCUCGCCCAAGCCGAAUACCUUCCAUGGUUGACCAAACCCGCCUGCAGGAACCUACCCCUCUGUUUAUCGCGCCGGUGCGAACCAUCAAGAGCCCCCAGGACAGCAUAUAUAGCCAGCCUUCUCCCGGAUCGCAAUACUCUGCGCAGUACUCCCCUAGCACUGGAUAUAUAUCGGACCUUCCUUCCGCCAAUUCGAUGAGCCUGUCGAACCAACAGAAGAAGGGCGCCAUUCUGGGACCUCCACCAUCUAGUCGCAGAGGCGCGUCGUCGUUUUACUCGAAUGCCUCAUUCGUUUCUCCUAUCAUCGAAGAGAACCCGUAUGCAAGGUCUCACGGCUCAUAUGCCUCCAGCGCUGCGAUGCCAGACAACUGGGGUUCUUCUGUAGAGAACGAUCGCAACAUGAACGCGGAGACAUUCUACGAAGAAUCUAUGACGGAUUUCAGCCCGCAGUCAAUUUACGGUGACUUCGGUGAUGAGAAGCGGCUGGUACAACCUGUGGAGCUCGAUUCUGCCGCGAUUCCCAAGGUUCUGAACCAACAAAGACCUAGCAGUGCGAAUCGGACACCAGCAGGGGUGGCAGUCAAUGACGAGAGGAAGUCCUGGAAUAUCCUAGGUACUGCGAGACAGCCCGCCAAAGCGGGAGAUGAUGAGGCAGAUGGCCACGACAUUAUUCAAGCCUAUGCAGUCGCAAGCUCUAGUACUCCCGCUGGCUUUCGCAUGGCCCAAAGCUCGUCAGCAAACAAUACACGCAACUCAGCCAUGAAACGAGGACUACGCAUCGACAUGGAUGCAGUAAGAGAAGCAGAAUCACGCGGCAGUCUUACUAGCUUGCCGGAUCUGAUCCGCAGAGCAACCAAACUUGCUGCCAUGAUAGACAAAGGCAAACGGCCUACCAGUCGAAUGGACACUCUGAGCGAUUUGCUUAGUGAGAAACAGCUCAGCGAGGGACGUGCAGAUACUCGAGGUGGCCGUCCAGCGUCAGGACUGUCCGAUAUGCUUGCAGCGUUCCCACCGCCAGUAUCGACACCCCAGUUCAACAACGGCCCCAAUCGAUCUUCCUGGCUCGGGCAAGGUGGAUGGCCGCUGAAAUCCGGUCCGAAUGGCAAAGCUGAGAAAGUGAAUAAAGAUGGCAGUCCCAAACGCCGGAGCUGUGGAUUACCACUCUGGGCCGUCAUUGUGGCUACGAUCCUCCUUCUCUGCAUCAUCAUUGCGGCUAUCGCCGUGCCUCUCGAGCUUUUCGUUUUCAACAAGAGUGACUCCGCAAACACUGGAAUCGAGAAGUGCCGAACCGAUCUCACUUGUCUCAACGGUGGAUCUCACGCCACACUUUCGGAUCCACGGCUGGCCAGCCCAAAGACUAACAAGGGUGGCAUCAUUCGCGUUCGCGCCAAUGAUGACGACCCCUUUGAUGCUACUGAUACUGUUAUUGACUUCUGCCGGGUGUCGGUACUCUUUGUUCUUCAAGAGCGUGGCGUGAACAAUGCGCAAGACGCGCAGAGUGGUGUACAAACCUUUCUUACGAAGAUCACUACGGCGGAUUCCAGCAAUGGCCCCAAAAUUACGCAAAAAGAGGCUUCUAAUAUUACUAUCGGUAAUGGUGGCUCGCUCAACCUCGUCAAUUUCCACAUUGACUUGGGAGAUGGGCUUGUUGGGGGAGCAAAAGUUAGCUGA